GAGCGCUGUCGGGACAGCCAGUGUUGCGCUCAGCUCUGUGCCAGCGAGAUGCAUGCGAUGAACGAUCCUGCUGCCCUGGCUGGGAUGCUGCCGUUCGAUUCCAUCGGCCUGUACGAACAGCCCAAACCACGGUUCAUCUUCAAGAUGCCGCGCGUCGUCCCCGACCAGAAAUCCAAAUUCGAGUCGGACGAACUCUUUCGGAGACUGAGCCGAGAAAGCGAGGUGCGGUACACGGGAUACAGAGACAGGCCACAGGAGGAGCGACAAGUAAGGUUCCAGAACGGAUGUCGCGAGGGACACACGGAGAUUGCUUUUGUGGCGACAGGAACGAACAUCCAGCUAGUGUUUAACCCCAGCACCAACGGAUACAGCACGGCCGAUCACGGGCGCGAGUGUGAUUUCGACAAGGAACACGGCAAGGUGCACCUGAGGUCGCAUUUCAUAAUGAACGGGGUUUGUGUGAGGUGGCGCGGGUGGAUCGACCUGGAGCGUCUGGACGGCGUCGGAUGCCUGGAAUACGACGAGGACAAAGCGCAGAUGGAAGAUUCCAUGCUGAGAGACCAGAUUGAACGCUAUAACCAGAGAUUACGAGAUUUCGAGGAGAAGCAGAGAGCAUAUCGCCAGCAUCAGGAGCGUCCAACAGAUCCCGAUCUGGAGUUGCGGAUGUCCAGCAGCCUCCAGCAUCACCCAGUGACGGCGAGGUGCCACGGAGGACCGCAGCGCGUCGGCCUUUCACUGCAAGCACCACGGAAGAAGAGCGACCUAAGUCACGGACAUCACAACUAACAAGAAUUUGUGUUUUAAUAUUAUAUUUCUGUUCUCCCUGUAAUAUGGUAGACCAAUCCAUUCGUUUCGUUACAUCGUUCUGUACAUUGAUUGAUUGUAAUUUAUGUGUAUACACUUCUAUAAGUAUAAAUAAAAGUAUCUUUACAGCUU